AUGUAUACCCGACCCCACCCGGAGGAGCUUCCGUCGCCUUCCAAAAAGUCAGGCGACACCAUCUCGCUCUUCAUCCAACGACUACAUGAAUCCAUUCGCAUCAUCAUGAAGUUCUUCGAGAAUGUUUUCACCUAUGACUACUCCUUCCCUGCCGUCUCCCUAGCCUACUUUCUCCGCUACCCCAACCCUUACUCUCGCCAUGUCCUCACCACCGAUGUCAUCGAUCGCUACGUCGACCACAGCACCCAGCGCCUUCACACCAUUCGAUUGCAUUUAAAGAAAUCCAAGGUGCCUUCGGGCAUCCUGAAAUUGCUUCCGAAAGGAAUGGGUGGCUCGGAUAGUUCCGGCCAAAGCUACAUUCUCGAGAAGACUGUGGUCGAUCCCCAGGAGGGCUGGAUGGAAACCGAGUCCCGCAAUAUGGAAUGGACUGGAAUCCUGAGCGUGGUGGAAAAGCAACACUAUCAGCGGCACCUCGCUGAAGAGGAUCGCCUUGCCCUGGAUGGGCUCUCCAGCGAUCAGCGCAGCGAGCAGACCACUGUCCGAACCACCGUAACCUUUCGUUCGCGACUCGGGCAGGGCAAGCUGCUGGGCAGGAAGAAAACCGAUCCAACCGGAGAUCAUGCCGUCGAGGCUGAAGAAGAGCCACCCCGAAAAGGGUUGUUUUCUUCUCUGUCUACUGCCGGCAUUCAGCGGACCAUUGAGCUGAUCGGAGUGAGCCGGACCCGAGAUGCGGUGAUGAAGAGCAAGCAAGGAAUGAAUGUGGUCUUGGAACGCUUGCGCAAUGGAGGUAUCGUCGGCGUUCUCGAGGGGAUGCGGCGAGACCGGGACGCAGCGUUUGGCACGGAGGGCCCGUGGAAGCGCGUUUGGUUGCAUGGAAACGGCAUGAAGGAAACUGCCUACAUCGAUGACAACAACCGAAAAUAA